AUGGCAUGCCCAUCCAAGUCCAUUUGCAACAACAUUGUGGGAGGCUACUUUUGCAUCUGUAAACCUGGAUAUGUGUCGAGCAGUGGAGCAAACCAGUUCACUGACCCUACAGUGAUCUGCACAGAUGUGGAUGAAUGCCAGGACCGCAUGCUGUGCCCAUCCACGGCCACUUGCAACAACACUGUGGGCGGCUACUUUUGUGUCUGUAGACGUGGAUUUGUGUCCACUAAUGGGCGGGAGAAGUUUACUGGCAAUGGAGCUACUUGCGUAGAUAUCAAUGAAUGCCUCAUCCCUGGGUCCUGUCCUAAGCACACCAAGUGUCGUAAUACCCCGGGAAGUUACAGAUGCACCAAGAAACAAGGCUUCUCUUCCAACAGCUCCCAAAGUGAAGCUAUCGAAACACUGACCCUCAAGAGAGACUGUGAAUGGAAAGAGGAGACAUUUGAACUGAAGGUCAAAGGGGACUCCAUGGACGUUGGCUGUACUGUCAUCACUGGAGGAGGAACAGGGGGAGCUGUCACUUUCAUCUCCUACAGCUCUAUGGGGUCCAUCAUAAAUGGCUCAUUUGUGUCUAAGGAAAACCUAAUUACUGGUGAAGAGCUAGGCAACUUCCAUGUCAACUCCAAGGUAGUCAGUGGCGCAGUAGGAUACAAGGAGAAUGUGCUCCUGGCCACACCUGUGAACUUCACUUUUCAACACCUACAGAUGAUAGGGGAACGCAAAAAGCCACUUUGUGUCUACUGGCGUGAGACAGGCUGGUCGGAUGAAGGCUGCCAGGCCAUCUUUUCGAAUAGAACACAAACUGUAUGCAGCUGCAGCCAUCUCUCCACCUUUGCCGUCCUCAUGGCCUCCGUUGUGCUGACGGAUCCGGUGCUGGUCGUGGUCACCCGCGUGGGGCUGAGCCUCUCUCUGCUGUGCCUCCUCCUGGCGGCCCUCACCUUCGCCCUGUGCCGGCCCAUCCAGAACACCAGCACCUCGCUCCACCUGCAGCUCUCACUCUGCCUGCUCCUGGCCCACCUGCUCUUCCUCGUGGGCAUUGACAAAACUGAGCCCAAGGUGCUGUGCUCUGUCAUCGCAGGUGCACUGCACUACCUCUACCUGGCGUCCUUCACCUGGAUGUUCCUGGAAGGGCUGCACCUCUUCCUCACCGUCAGGAACCUCAAGGUGGCCAACUACACCAGUGCAGGCAGAUUCAAAAAGUGUUUCAUGUACCCUUUUGGCUAUGGGAUCCCAGCUGUCAUUGUGGCUGUGUCUGCAGGGCUCAACCGACAUGGAUAUGGCACAUCUCUGCAUUGCUGGAUUAAUCUACAAAAAGAAUUUAUCUGGAGUUUCAUAGGACCCAUUUCUGUAGUCAUCUUGAUAAACUUAACCUUUUAUUUGAUUACCCUAUGGAUUUUGAGAGAGAGACUUUCUUCCCUCAAUAAAGAUGUAUCCAAGAUCCAAGACACAAGGAUGCUGACGUUUAAAGCUGUGGCUCAGCUCUUUCUCUUGGGCUGCUCCUGGUGUCUGGGUUUUUUUCUCGUGAAGUCGAUAAAGGAACCAUUCAGAUCGGUUAUCGCCUAUGUGUUCACCAUCACCAAUGUCCUGCAGGGAGUCUACAUCUUCCUUGUCCACUGUCUCCUCAAUCGGCAGGUGCAGGAGGAGUACAAAAGGUGCUUUGCGUGGAUGAGCAAAAUGAAGUCUGAGAGCUCUACAAUGGCCACUUCUAGCACCUACACCCAGAGGCCUGUCUCAGAAAAGGAACACAAAACAGUGACUCUGAGCCCAUCAGAGACCGAUUUUCGUCAGUGA